GGGGUGUUAAAUUAAAUAAGAAGUAAAAUUUUAUUAAAAAAAUAAAAAAAAUAUAAAUUAAACGUAUUUGACACGUGGCAGCACCUGAUUGGCGUGUGUAUUUCACUCUCCUUGUUGUGACUGAGAUUCAGCGAAAAAUGGGGUGUUUGCAACGGACUAAGUAAGAAUCGUGGGGUAAUGGGUUGAAUUCAAAGUUUAGGUGUCUUUUUGUAAAUCUCGGCCAACAUCAGUGGGGUAAUUAUGUAUUUACUCUUUUGUUUAUUGGAUCUUCAUGACUAUAUAAUCAUAUUUAUUAUUAGUUAAUAUUAGUUGAUCAUAUAUGCUGGAAAAGUUGAAUUUGUCUAAAGGUGAUAAAACCUUCUUUGUUAUUUUAAUGAAAGUAAAAGAAAAUGGAUUCCAAAUAUUCAGUAUUUUACAACUAUUUGUUUAAGCUGCAAUGAAUUGACUUUUCUAUUGGGUGUUUAGGACGUGUUUAUUGAUGAAUGAUUACUAAAAUAAAUAUUCUUCUUUAAAAUUAAAAAAGAGUCAAAAGUUUAAAUAUUUUCUCGGACUAAUAAUAAGUUUAAAAAAAAAGGGCAGCCCGGUGCACUAAAGCUACCGCUAUGCGCGGUGUCCGAGGAAGGGCCCCACCACAAGGGUGUACCGUAUGCAGCCUUACCUUGCAUUUCUGCCAGAGGCUGUUUUCAAGGAGGUCAAAAGUUGUAGUUUGUAAAAUAAGGAACAAAAUGUUAUUUUUAUUUUUUAUAAAACGUGUGUUUGUGAGUUAUGAAAAUAUCAACAUCUCCAAUUCUUAUACUUACAAUUCCUAUCAUAACCAUGAGUUUACUAUACAUACUGUUUUCCCUAAAUGGGUUUUCAUUUUUUAUUUCAAUAAGCUAAAAAAAAAACUCAAGAAUCAUAGACAACAUAAUAGGUCACGAUUUUACAUUCUAAUUCAAGACCUAUCCAAAAAAAAGGUUAGAAAAGAGAGGAAAAACCUAUUUUUGUAAGGAAGCAAACUUGUAAGAGAAUGAGUUAGGUUCUUAAUGUCAAGAAAAUUAAGAUUUAACAUACAAGAAAAAAUUAACGAUGAAGUUGGAAAGCCUUGCUACUGGCCAUUCGUUAUAAUAAAAUUUAUCAUACCAAUUUAAGCCGAUUCUAAGAGGGAUAGAUUCUAAACAUGUCAGGUGCUUAUCUAGAUUGGGAAAAGUGGGAACGAUCCAUAAAUGACUCAAAGGCGCGAGAAAUAUAUUAAAACUUGUGGUAUGACCAGAAAAUACUGCUACCGUCAAGUCACGCAUUAAUAUAAUAAAACAGUUCUAAAGAAAUUCAAAAAUAAUAGUGAGAUAGAAGUUACUUUUAGGCUAAUAAAUAUCAUAUAUUCAAGAGAUUAAUUUAAGCCAGACGUAAGUCAUCAAAACGACAGUGCUAGAAUCACAGAUUUCGAGGGGUGCCUCACACCUUCCUCUCAAUCAACAGAAUUGCUUAUCCGGAUUCCUAAUUCGCAGACCAAAAAGGAAGAGUCAUUUCCUUUUGAUUGGGGAUUCAAUAAGGUGAUUUGGAACACCCAAACUCAAUUUCAAGUGGCGACGCUGUAAAAUAAAUAAUCCCUUUUCAAAACCUCACUUUAACUGGAAAAAUCCAUUUUCUCUAAAACCAACUCCCUAGCGGGGUGGGGCGGUAAAAAUAAGGGUGUGACACAUAUAAAUCGGGGAAGAAGAAGUAUAAAAAUAUUAAUAGUGCUCCUAAAUGAUCAAGCUAACAACACAAUUUACUUUUUCUGUGGGUGAAAAGUGUUUGAAGUGAGAACAUAAUGGGUUAGAUUUCAAAUUCACUAGCCCAAAUUGCGAAGCCCAAACAACAUUUGGAUUUUAAUUUCUAACAAAAAUCGGAUGAUCUUGGCCCGUCAAUCGCCUUGGGUAGGUCUAUUUACUUUUUUCCUGAGAAAGACGAUCGAGCUUGGCUCUAUUAUGUAAAUUGGACGAUAAUCGAAUUACGAACAAAAAUGGGGUUUCUAUUUUAUUUAUUUAUUUAAUUUAUUGAUAACCGUGUGUCCGUGCCAGCUUUAGCGCACCCUAACAAAAAUGAGGAUUUUAUUGAUAUAUCAAAUUACAAUUCCCCUAGCUAUUACACCAAAUUUCACUACUAAAUUGGAGACUACAACUGAAUUUGAAACUACUAAGAAUAUCCCAACGCCGAACUCCAAUUUUCACUAGAGUAAUCAUAAUCCUAAACUGGCUUGUAAUGGCCAUUUUAAUGUAUUUUCUUAUUUAAUUUUUGCCUUUAGAUCUCCUAAUAAAUGAAUUGAUCUGGUCCGCUCAUGCUUUGUGUCGGCUAUAGUCUUCAAUUGAUCUCCACGAUUCUUUCAUUUCGUCUGAUUAGAUGUGAAGCCUCCUCGUGUCCUUCUACAUCCCCAAUUAUACAAAAGCUCACAGAAACCCUAAUUGCAACUAGACCGCUUAGGAUCCUUACAGCCACCACUUUCCAGCAAUUACAAAAGCUUUUCUGCUCCGUUCUUCGGCCGCAAAAUCAAGCUCUAUCUGCAACAAAUGGCCAAGGAAUCAAUUCUCCGUCUACAAUUCCAAUUGCAUAUCUCCAAUCACAAUCACAAGGCCAACAGAUGCUCGCUGGAUUUCCUGGGUCAUUUCAGUUGUCUCAGCUAUCUGCUACACAUGCCCAAGGAAUCAAUUUACCGCAGGCAAAUCUAAUUGCAUAUCUCCAGUCACAAUCACAAGGCCAACAACAGAUGCCCCCUGGAUUUCCUGGGUCAUUGCAGUUAUUUCAGCUAUCUGCAGCACAUGCCCAAGCAAUCAAUUUGCCGCGGACAAAUCCAAUUGCACAUAUCCAGCCACAAUCACAAGACCAACAACAGAUGCCCCCUGGAUUUCCUGGGUCAUUUCAGCUAUCUGCAGCACAUGCUCAAGCAAUUGCCCAAGCUCAGUUGAAAGAUCCGGCUCAAGCACAAGCUGAACAUGCGCGAUUUCAAGCCCAGUUACAAGCUCAGCAUUUGUCUCUUAGCCAGGCUCAUGGUCUUGGAAAUGUCGGUUCUUCUUCACCUUCGAUGCCUGGAAGUAGUUCGGCAAAACGGUUGCCUCAAAAACCUCUGGUGCGUCCACCUGCAUUUACGACUACUAAUAUGAUUUCUCCGAUGAGAACAAAGCAGCUUUCAGCUGCUUCUCGGAAGAAAAAACAGAAGCUUCCUGAGAAGCACUUGCACGAGAAGGUGGCGGCUAUUUUACCUGAAUCUGCACUUUAUACUCAGCUUCUUGAGUUUGAAUCUCGGGUUGAUUCUGCUUUAGCUAGAAAGAAAGUUGACAUCCAGGAGUCCUUGAAGAAUCCACCUACUACUCAGAAAACGCUUCGAAUUUAUGUCUUCAAUACUUUUGCUAAUCAGGUUAUGACUAUUCCUAAGAAGCCAAAGGAUGAACCUCCUUUGUGGACCCUUAAGAUUGUAGGAAGGAUUUUGGAGGAGGGAAUGGAUGCUGAACAAGCUGCCAUGUUUCAGAAGUCUAGCCCCAUGUACCCAAAGUUUUCGACUUUCUUCAAAAGAGUCACCAUUUCGUUGGACCAUAAACUGUAUCCUGAUAACCAUCUUAUAAUAUGGGACUCUGCGCGAUCUCCUGCACCUCAGGAUGGUUUCGAGGUCAAAAGAAAGGGAGAGGAAGAGUUCACUGUUAAUUUAGGACUAGAGUUGAAUUACAUGCCUGAGAAAUACAAACUUUCACCAGCUUUAACUGAAGUUCUUGGUAUUGAUGUUGAGACUCGUGUGAGAAUUAUAUCUUCUCUCUGGCAUUAUGUCAAGGUUCAAAAGUUGCAGAACCCUGAUGAUCCUUCUUACUUCAACUGUGAUUCUCCACUUCAGAAAGUUUUCGGGGAAGGAAAGGUUAAGUUCGAUACAGUUGCACAAAAGAUCACACCUCAUUUGUCUCCUCCACAACCCAUACAUUUGGAACACAGGAUUAAACUUUCUGGUAAUAACCCUGCUGGAAUUGAUGCUUGUUAUGAUGUAAUGGUUGAUGUGCCAUUCCCUAUCCAGAGGGAACUGAAUGCUCUACUGGCGAACACAGAAGAGACCAAAGAGAUUCAAGCUUGUGAAGAAGCAAUUGUUUCUGACAUAAGGAAGAUCCAUGAGCAUAGAAGGAGAAGGGCUCAUUUUCUCGGUUUUAGUCAAUCGCCUGUUGAGUUUAUUGAUGCAGUUCUAGAAUCCCAGAGCAAGGAUCUGAAAGUUGGUGCGGAGGAAAGUCGCAGUGCUGAGAAAGAGAGUCGGUCUCCAUUUUAUAGCCAACCAUGGGUUGAGGAUGCUGUUAUCCGCUACCUGAAUCGCAAGCCAACUUCUAAUGCCCCUGGAAGUGGAUGAACUGAACUGGAUUCUUGCCUGCUUCUAGGAUGUUUAUGUAGAGUGUUGUCUGACAUCUUGUGAAAUAGCAGUUUCAAUAUGCUUGGCCGUUGAAGCAUCUCUACGCUUUAUGAAUAGAAGUUCAGUGUUUCAAUUUUCAUAAUUGAAGAAAAAAACUAUGUUGCUAAGUGGCAAAACAUGUAAAAGAGUAGGAUAUCUGGAUGGUUUAACGUCUGAUGAUAAGACUUAGAUUAUGGAUCUUCUUUAGUAUUCCUGCUUCUGUUUGUUAUUC